AUGAAUAAUAAUAACAAUCACAAUAAUAAUAAUAAUGAUACUAUCAACAACUGCAAUAACAUCUACAACUUUAAUAAAAACAUUCGUCCUGACAACAACAACCACAAUAACAACAACAACAACAAUAAUAAUAACAACAAUAUUGUGAAUAAUAAUAACUAUAAUAAUGUCACAACCUCAAGAAAAGAUCACCUGGAUCGUAUAAAAGUGAAUCUAAAGAGGAAGCUUGAGGGCCUGGAGCACGGGUAUAAAUAUCGAACCACCGUAGAUUAUAAUGUCAUGAAGAGGAUCAAAAACUUGGAUGACGUCAUCAACUAUUUCAGAGCCGAUAAUAAAAUAAAUUUUGCUACUACUACUACUACCACUACUGCUAAUGAAAAUAAUAAUAAUAAUAAUACUGAAGGUGAUGAUGAUGAUAUGGCACAUCUGCCUACAUUUCUAAAGAAAUUGGUGAUGAAGAAGCGAAGAUAUCCCAGCCACAACGACAACAAUUUCAACAACAACAACUUCAACAACACAAAACGAAGUUGCGACGGUGAUGAUGAUGGUGAUGAUGAUGAUAGUCAUAAUAAUUGUUGCUGCCAAAAUAUUCCAUUGCCUUACACGAACUAUUGCUCCGAACAUAUCACAAAUAAUUCAGACCUGUCUUCCUACCAUGCACUCAUCAGUCACAUUCAGUCAAACAUCAACAACAACAACAACAACAACAUCAACAACAACAGCAUCAACAACAACAUCAACAACAACAACAACAGCAACAACAACAUCCACAGCAGUGAUAGUAUCAACAACAACCAUGCACGAAACAUUAACAACAGAUAUCAUUACAUCAACAUUUGCGACAUCAACGAGCCAACCAACCUAACCAGCACUACUCUACGCCGAAAUCACAACAACAUCAACGACAACGACGACAAAAUAACCAGCAGCAGCAGCAGCGAUAAACACAACAGAAUCGUAGCAGUUAAAGCAGUGACGUCAUUAUCAUCAGCUGCCACGGCAGCUGAUGUUGCCAUGGAAACCGCGGUCAACUCCAAAAAGUUGAAACACGCAUGUUGCAAUCGCAAAACUUCGAAUAAGAAGAAGAAAAAUACCAAUAGCAACAAAAAUAAUAAUAAAAAUAUUAAUAAUAAAAAUAACAAUAUUAAUAAUAACAGUAAUAAUGCAAAUAAUAAAAUGAAUAGAAUUGAUAAGAACAUCAUUUUGGCUAAAAAUGUCAAACAGAAUAAAAAACGAUUCAAAAAUAAGCAUGACAUAAAUAAGUUUGUUUAUGGCAUUCACAACAACAACAACAACAUUGGCAACACUAAUCACAACAAUAUAAUCGCUGGUAACAUCAAGAAAUUAUCCCGUGACAUCACUGAUAAUGAUAUUGAUGUUGUCAAUGAUGAUAAUGAUGAUGGUGAUAAUAAUUAUGGAAUCGUACCUGCUGCUGAUGUGGAUGAUGAAAUAGUUGAUGUCACGGCGGACAUGCACGAGGAAUUUCAUGCCGAUGAAUUGUUGCUGAUGUCAUUCAACGAGGAUGAGAAAUAUCUCAAUAACAUCAACAACAACAUCAACAAUAACGACAUAAACUACAGGUUUAUAAAAGAGAAUGUCGAUUUCAUAUCUUAUCCCAAGCUCAACUCAUCCAGAUCCUCCAAACAAACGUUUCAUUACGACUUCAAUCAAUCACAACAACUCACAACAGCAACAGCUAAAACGUCAACAUCAACAUUCGCGACAACAGCGACUACAUUUUUGGCCACAAGCAACAGCAACAUAAUUCAGCAACAAGAAAUUUUUGGAGAGAUAGUUGCUGAUGAUUUUAUAAGAGAGAUGGACCUGCACUCAGAUCUUCCGUACAGUUUUUUCGACACUCACGAUGUCCAGGACACACACGAGGUCUUCAGCAACAAAAUGUCCAUCGAACUCUUUGACGUGCUCCAAACGUGAUGACGUCAUCAACACUAUCAUCGUCGUCAUAACGCUGAUGAUGAUUUGUGUGAUGACGAUUUUGAUAACGUUGAAUUUAAAUACAAACUUAAAUACUAGUAGCUUUGUUACAACGGUGAUGAUGAUGAUGUCGGUAAUGAUAAGAUUAUGAUGAUAACGACUAGUCAUGAGGUUCAGAAUUCUUAAUUGUAUAUAUUGAAUAUAUAUAUAUAUAUAUAUAUAUAUAUAUAUAUAUAUAUAUAUAUAUAUAUAUAUAUAAUAUAAGUGCCUUACCAGUUCAUUUUUAUACUUUUUCUUUUUUUUUCAUAACUUCUUAUUAUGGUAAAUUUUGUUUGGUCAAGAAUUGCCUGCUUUUAUGAUAAAGUUUUUGUUUUUUGUUGUUGUUUUGACUUUGUUGUAAUUAAUUUACAAAUGUGAACUAUUUGUUAUGUAGCCACUGUCAAUACAAUUUUUUUUAA